GUAGCAUUAAGAUGAAGAAACUGCUGGUAGUAAUCGCCCUGAUUGGAUGUGUCCUUUCUAAGCGCUUACCAAGACGUCGAGAAGUUCCGACUGUUAGAGAAGUAGAAAGUCGCAUCGUUGGUGGAGUACCAGUCGAUAUAAGAAGUUUUCCUUGGCAGGUAUCAAUUCAAUGGAGAGAUCGUCAUUUUUGUGGUGGCUCCAUCAUCGAUAGAAGCUGGAUACUGACUGCAGGACAUUGUAUGUACGACUUUAAAAAUGUCCAACUAGGCGACAACCUUAAAAUUCAUUCUGGAAACAACAAUUGGCAAUUAGGAACCGCUACUGUUGUAGCGAAAUCUAUUGUUCAUCCAAAUUUUAACAAUGUGACAUAUGAUAGUGACGCGGCCCUUCUUCAACUGAGAACUCCAAUUACUUUCACAAAUGGCACUCAAAAAAUAUCAUUGGUCGAAGAAGGCCAAGAUCCUGCACCUUAUUCACCUGCAAUCGUUACUGGCUGGGGUGACACAAGGGAAGGAGCUAAUAAUGGUUCGCAGAUUUUACGUGGAGCUUUAGUUCCAAUCAUAUACAGAAAUGAUUGCAGAAUAAUGAACUCUGGAUUGUACUCUUCGGUUAAUACCAAUAUGAUUUGUGCUGGAUAUGCUGAUGGAGGAGUCGAUUCCUGCCAAGGUGACAGUGGUGGUCCAUUAAUUGACACAAAUACUAGGCAAAUAGGAAUUGUUUCAUGGGGAUUAGGAUGUGCAAGGGAACACGCCCCUGGUCUAUAUGCAAGAGUUGGCGCACCGACCAUCAGAAGUUUUAUAAGACAACAGACUGGCGUAUUAGAAAAUGACCAACUGCGCGAGAACCUUAAAAUUCAUUAUGGAACAAACAACUGGCAAUUAGGCGGCAGUGUGAAUAUUGUAGCAAAAUUUAUUGCUCAUCCAAAUUUCAGCAAUGAGACAGCUAUUAACGACGUCGCCCUUCUUAAGCUGGAGACACCAAUUACCUUCACAAAUGGCAUUCAGAAAAUUUCGUUAGCCGAAGAAGGCCAAGAUCCUGUGCCUUAUUUACCUGCGAUUGUUACAGGCUGGGGCUUUACAGUGGAAAAUGCUGAUGAAGUUUCGCUCAUUUUACUUGGAGCUGUAAUUCCAAUUGUAAAUCGAAAUGAAUGCAAAAAAAUGCCGUUUGAAUCGUACUCUAUGGUUAAUUCAAACAUGAUCUGUGCUGGGUAUAUUGAUGGAGGAGUCAAUUCGUGCCAAGGUGAUAGUGGUGGUCCAUUAAUUAACAUGAAAAAUAAACAAAUAGGAAUUGUUUCAUGGGCACAUGGAUGUGCAAGGAAACUUGCUCCUAGUGUAUUUACCAGGAUUGGCGCACCUUCAAUCAGAGGAUUUAUAAGAGAUGUGGCUGGCGUGUAA